GUCACCGUUCAAGUUGCUACCACACUGUGCUGUACAGUAUCGUCCUAGUCCAAGAGUAGCUUCCUUGCUGGGAGAGUCUGUCACAAAAUUAUACGAAGGGGGUGGGUGGGGGAGGAAGCGAGAGACAUAGAAAUAUGAAAGCCACCGGUGGCUGUCGUAUCUGGUAAAAGGUCAACAGACACACUGUUACGUAUUUACAGCGUCUCGUUCCUCAGCAUCACCGCGGAUUAUACUGCAUGCCGUAACAGCGUUAUGUAAUCACGAUAAAAUCUGAGGAUGAAUUGAACCAUGUCCUACAGCAUCUGGUAAAAUUAUCCAGGUAUACCUGGGGCUCCAGUUCGGAGUAUUUUUGAGAGACGGAUCCCCGUGACAAGGUCAACCCUUCGAUCCUGAGAUGAAGUACGUCAGUAAGAGUUUUGGUCUAAAGAAUUUUUGUCAGUUCAAAGUAAAUCACACUGUUAGAAACUGUACAGGAUUUGUCCGGAUGGACACCUGCUUUCCAUUGGAAUUUCACCUGUAGUCGCAGGCAAAUCUUCCAAGGACUUAGCAAACUCGUGAGGUCUUUUACCUAGCUUCUAUGUAGCUACCUGACCACCAGAGGAACCUGGACCAAAUAAUGGAAAAUUUUCUCGAAAACUCAACAGACCCAACAGGCAGGUGCGUUCUCAGAAAAAGGAAACAUAAAGGUGGAUCCACAAUGCCUAAAGGUUGCUGUGCCUUCAAUAUCCUCCUGCUAAUACCUGCCGAGGACAUCAGCACUACAACCUACUCAGACCAUACGACUGCCACAAAGGAGAAAUGCAACGCGAUUACUACUAAGGAUCUAUUUCCGUUGGAAUUCAGGUCAAAGGAGAAUCGCAACGUGCUUUACAAAUAUUUGGAACACUUAGCAACCGGCCCAGUCUUUCUUAUUUAUACAAGGAGGGAAAUCAUGAUUACAAACGUAUUCCACGAAAGAGCCAUGCCCAGCAAAACCCACAAAUGUCACAGAUAUCCAUUUGCGCACCCGUGCAGCGUACGGUUCCUAUGGUGGAGUCAUCGAAAUUUCUCAAGAGGAAGUUUGCCGACUUAUUUGUUUUCACAAACUGCGCAACCUCAUCCGACUAUUACGCUUCACGGCGUGACCUUUGACACUGACCAAUUUCAAAGCAUCUUACAAGAUAACGCUCCGAUAGCGGCUCGUCUCACAUACUGUCGAUAAAAGAGACCAGUCGCUGAGAUCUGUCGGGCAUUUUUAUGUUCUUCGGGUAAAAGAUCAAGUCCAGGAGCUGAACUGUCCUGACGAACAUCAUCUUUAUGGUAGCUGCCAUUGAGCAUAGUUAUAAAGGAGAAAGAUAAGCUGUCCUUUGACCAGGAUAAAAUAUAUUUACUAAAGCGAUACUUCAAGAUACUUGUAUUUGUACUGCGAGAACGAAGAAGUUACAACGUGGCCGGUAAAAGUAAUUCCAGAAAGUGUGGUAAUAUUUAUAUUUAUAAUAUCGAAUUUAUUGGACAUUAAACCGGUCUGAUCGACGACUCAAGCUCGUUUUCCGAGAGCGAGAUAAUAAAAAUGUGAAUGAUCAAGGACUUUCAGAUAAAACGAUUAUUGAAAUGGCCACCUCUCUUCUUCCUUGCACACUCGUGUGGCUGAGGUAUAAAUCAGCUUGUAGACUCUGGAGGUUUCCAAAUUAAAGACGAGAGCCAGAGAAGAGAGUGGAGACGAAAGAUAUGGACCGAAAGACUGUGGAACCUUAGAAGAGUGUGAACCGGAGAUAAAUCUCAUUAUGCAGCUUAAUCGAUACGAUUCGUGCUGGUUUUUCGCUACGCUCAUACUAUACUAUUAAUAUAACU